CUGAGAAUUCCUAAACAUCUUGUUCUCAUCCCUAUUUAAACCACUCUCCACAAUUAUCCAUCCAUCAAGAUUAAAGAAUUCCAGAUCAGACCCAAGCAAAAAAAUCUCAGCAGCUAGCAAUCUCAUAAUCAAAAGAAGCAAAUCAUCAAAACAGAGCAAAUGGAUCUCCGAUUCGUUGGGUUCGAUUACCCAGUCCUCCAGACCCUGCAGCACAUGAUGGACACCGUGGGAGACGAGCCGGACGCGACCGCCAACAAGUCCUCGCCCUCUGCAGCCACCGCGCCGACGAGGACGUACGUGAGGGACGCCAAGGCGAUGGCGGCGACGCCUGCGGACGUGAAGGAGUACCCGAAUUCGUACGCGUUCAUAAUCGACAUGCCGGGGCUGAAGUCAGGGGACAUCAAGGUGCAGGUGGAGGACGACAACGUUUUGAUCAUCAGCGGGGAGCGAAAGCGGGAGGAGGAGAAGGAGGAAGGGGCGAAGUACGUGCGGAUGGAGAGGAGGGUCGGGAAGCUGAUGAGGAAGUUCGUCCUGCCGGAGAAUGCGAACACGGAUGGUAUCUCGGCGGUUUGCAAGGACGGGGUGCUGACGGUGACGGUGGAGAAGGUGCCGCCUCCGGAGCCCAAGAAGCCCAAGACCAUCGAGGUCAAGAUCGCGUAAGGGGAUGUGGGUUUGGUGAUGGAUCGAGCGCUGAUGUGUGUGGUUUGUUUGUUGGUUGGUUGGUCUCUGUUUUCCGAGUUCGUGGAGUUUGUCUCUGUUUUUUCUUCUGGUUUUGUACUAAUGCUGGUAUCCUGUGUGUGUGAUUUCCUGUUGAGUUAAUAUAUGCGGGCUUUACUCUACUCUUUUAAGUAGUUGUCUCUUUCACUUCGUUGGUGAUGGUGAUUGGUUUGUGGGUGAUCAUAAAAUGGGAAAUCUUCCGUCACCGUAAUUGCAGAAGAAACAGAGUACUCUGUUCGGGUUUGAAGCUAAGAACUCACAAAUCCAGCUAACAGUGACAACGGAAAAAAAAGGGGUCUGAUCUGAACCAAGGUUAAUUAGUUACUAUUUCUGGACACCAAAAUAUGGAAUUCCUUUGGCGAUGACGGAUCCACCGGUGAUUCGCUUAUGAUGGUUGUUCCGGUGGUAUUGUAGCGUGCAAUGCAACAUCGAUGGUUUGGUAAAGGACAAUCAUCUCGACCGUGGAUCGUGGUGAUGACAGGGGAUGGAAGGAAAGGUCUUAGAGGAGGAGAAAGAACGUAACUUGAUAAGUGUUCGCAUGUUUAGAGUGGUGACAAAUCACAACGGGUUGGUUUUCAUAUAUAUCAUUCUUAAAUCAUUCUUAAAUCGUGAUUUUAAAUUACUAAUUGUUUAGUAAUCAGAAUUGUACGGGUGUAAUAUGUCAUAUCAAAAUCAAUUAAUAUGCGGUUCGAAGAAAACUGGCCCGCUCUACCCCAACAAUGACACUAUUACUUAGAGUACAUCAACUAGAAUUAUUUUAUUGUUUUAAUUUUUUAUUAAAUAAUCAAAUGUUUUCAUCAUUUUCUCUUAUCACAAUCUAACCCAAAUCCAUGUAUAUUUAACCUAAUUUGACCCGGUUAAAACGAGUUGAACCCAAUGUUCAUGAAUUAUGGGUCGGGAACAAAUUCCUCUUAUCACAAUCUAACCCAACUCCAUAUGUAUUUAACCUAAUUUGAUCCGAUCAAAACGAGUUAAACCUAAUGUUGACGUCUUACUCGCUUUGGUAAUUAAAGAAUUGAGUUGGGUGUGGAUUAUGUUUAAAACUUGUCACGCUUUAUCAAGCCUGUCAAAGCGACAUUUGAUUAUUUCCUCUUUAUCACAACCCAUGUGUAUUUCUACCUGGUCAAAACAAUUUGAACCCGGUGUUGACGAAUUAUGGGCCGGGAAUAAAUUUUAUCCGCUUUUAUAAUUAACCAAUUCGGUCAGGUGUGAAUUUUGUUAAAAACUCGCUUCGCUUUAUCAAGCCAAUCAAAGCAACAUUUGAUUAUUUCCUCUUAUCACAAUCGAACCUAAACCCAUGUGUAUUUCUACCCGGUCAAAACGGUGUUGACGAAUUAUGGUCGAACAAAUUUUACUCGCUUCUAUAAUUAACGAAUUGGGUCGGGUGUGGAUUUUGUUAAAAACUCGCCCCGGUUUAUCAAGCCAGUCAAAACGAGUUGAAUCCAGUGUUAACAGAUUCAGGGUCGGGGACGAGUUUUACCCGAUUUUGUAAUUGAUGGGGUUCUUUUUAUACUUAACCAAAUCUUGGAGGAGUUUUUGUGUCAUUAAGGUUAUAAUAAAUUAACUUAUGACAG